AUGCCCUGGGCCUCCAAUUCUUCAUCCAGGGAUAGCUCCCGCUCCAGUAGUUCUAGCCAGAGCAGCGACGGCUAUGCCCUGAGCGUCAACAUCCACGGAGAUGGGAGAAACCCAGCCAGUCCUGCUCACUGGGAAGCCAUGAUCCACAAACGCGGCGCGAAGGAGGGUGAGCACUUCCGUGUCCGCAAGAACGAGGAUUUUUACUACGACCCCCCAAAGAACUCGCGCCCGAUCGAUGCCACCUACGGUCGAACUGAAAUCAGUCACUUCUCCGGCUCGCGCAAGAAGGACGCAGAGCGAAUUCUGAACGACUAUGGCAGGAAUCACGCAAAUUUACCCCGUGGAAGUGCCAACUCCCAAAACUGGACUGUGGGAGCACUCGGGGCCCUGGAACGGGAGAGAUUGGCGCCAGAAGGCACGAAGCGCUACUGGGGUGACAACGUUGGCAGACAAUCGGCCGAUGUUGCGGAUCGACUUCGGCGCGAUGGUACAUCUUGGAUUUCGAACUCGGUUGCCCAGGGACAACAUCGAGAGGCAUCUCGUCCAGUUGGCCGCUUGGACAUCAAUGCACUUUCUGGUCGGAGUGGUCGCAGUAGAUGA